AUGGCAUACUAUCGUCUAUCAUAUCUAUUUGGUGCUUUUGCCGUCGUCAUUGUUGUUUUAUUACUUUUCCAAUCUAUCACUACGACUAGUGCUCGUCAGGAAUGUGCACGUAUGCCUGUUUGCGGAGGCUAUCCAGUAGAGUGUCCUAUUCAAGAAAUAUGUUGGGAAGUGCCUGAUCCUCAACCUAUUUGGAUUAAAAAGAAACGUUAUUUACGUCGACGUUCUUUACUUAUCAAGAAGAACUGA